UUCGCGGCUCUCAUUCACCUGGAAAAAAGAAAAUAAUUAUUUCAUCUCUAAGAAGAAUUGCAGAAAAAAUCUGGUAAAACUUUAAACUUAUUAGAUUCAUGGGUGUGAGUUAUCGUUGAGGGGCCCAGAACCUCUUCUCUUCGUUCACGUCUUCCACUACCUAGAAGAAAGGGUUUUGUGCUUGUAACUGCAAUUGGAACCGAGUGAAGAGUUUCAAAAAUCUGGGGGAAACUAUGAGCAAUCUGAGAACCCUUUGUAGACCUCAGACGCUGUUCUCUUUUAUUAGUUGCAGACACCAAUUUCGAUCUAUUUCGUUUCCAAACCCUAAUUACAAGCCCCGUUUGUCGUCGCCGUUUCUGUACUCUACAAUCGGUUCUUGGGGUUCGAAUCCAUGGUUUCGCGUGAAUCAGAGGAGAACCGUAGCCAAGGCAUCUAAUUGGGCUGAACAAAAAUCCCCAUAUGAAACUCUUGAAUUGGAAGGAGAUGCUGAUGAAGACCAGAUAAAAAUUGCUUACAGACGCUUGGCCAAAUUUUAUCAUCCAGAUGUGUAUGAUGGCAGAGGUAACCUUGAAGAAGGUGAAACAGCAGAAGCUAGAUUCAUCAAGAUUCAAGCUGCUUAUGAAUUGCUUAUAGAUGGAGAGAGGCGAAGACAGUAUGAUAUUGAUAACCGGGUCAACCCUAUGAAGGCAUCUCAGGCAUGGAUGGAGUGGCUUAUAAAAAAGCGAAAAGCUUUUGAUCAGCGGGGUGAUAUGGCAAUUGCUGCUUGGGCUGAACAGCAACAGCGCGAGUUAAAUCUUCGUGUGCGUCAACUUUCUCGUUCAAAGACUGAUCCUGAUGAAGUAAGGAGGAUUCUGGCAAGAGAAAAGAAGGCAUCGGCCGAUUAUUACUCAAAUACCCUUAAAAGGCACACACUAGUACUAAAGAAGAGAGAUUUGAUGCGAAGAAAGGCCGAGGAAGAAAAGAAGAAGACUAUCAGCCGUCUCUUGGCAGCAGAAGGUCUUGAACUUGAUGAUUCAGAUAGUGAUGAGGCACUCUAGUCAACAUAGGGACUUUGUUUCCACAAAUCAAUACCUAAUAUUUGAUUCAAUACCUUGAUGUCUCCAUCAGAAAAUCCAAUUAUUUUGUAAUUAUUGUUCACAAAAGAUAUAUGUACAUAUAUUUAUUAUUUUCAAUCUCAAUGAGAAGCUGGUUUUUCAGUUGUAUUAUAUCACUAUUAUGAUGAUCCGAAAUUUUGAGUAAGCCUAACGUCCACUUUAA